UAUAUUGAAUUAAUUGAAAUGGAGGAUUCUUUAGCAUACAAAUUAUGUACUCCCUUGCCUUUACCACAACUAAAAAACACUUUGACACAAUAAUAAAUCACAAAAGUGUGUUCUGACAUAACAUGCGAUAAAAGGCCAUUUAUUCAAUCUCCAGAGGACCCAUAGUUGUUUCAUAACGAUCAUCUGACAAAGAUUAUUGACGUCGAAGCAUUUGUAUCCCUUUAUUUUAAUUAAGGCCUCACAAUUUUGUGAAGAAAUGUCGAGAUUGGCUAACCAAAACAUCGUUUUAUAUUAGGAAUUUAUGUAAAAUAAAGAGAAUAUCAGUUUGUUGUAAAUUUUGGAAUAAGGAGACGCACAUUUAUAAAAGAUUGAUGAAAUGGUUAUUAGAUAGAAGGUAAUAGUAUCAUUAAUAAUUCUAAGACUGAAUUGGCGAUUGAUAUUACAAAUCUUCAAGAAAAAAUUAUGGUUGUAAUUUAAUCGAUAAAGGAGGAGAAUAUGAAGAGACUAGAUAGUUUCAAUGAACAAUACAAAUAAUCAUUUAUCACAUUAAAAGCGAAUAUAGAUUAGUUUUUCCUUUUGUCAAGACAAAACUUUUAUUAUUCCAAUUAAAAUACAUUUUAAUAUAAGUUGGCAUCUUUAGGCACUCCAGAAGCCCAAUAAUUUUUAUCCAAUCUAAAGAAUCAUCUGAAUAAGAGCAAGUAACUAUCAUAAGGAAAUGUUACUCCAUUAUAAAUGUUAACAGAUUUACAAACUUUGGCAAGAUUCCUAUUGUAAAUGACUAAUUCUCCUCCAAACUAUGAUAAGUUAUAAAAUCCGCAGACUAACAUACUAGAUUCAGUAGUGAAUGAGGUUGGAUUUGUGUUAAAUAAUGUUGUGUCAGCGAGAUUAUACAUUCCUUUUGGCAGUAACAAAGAAUUAUCUUAAGUGCAAACAGGAGAAAAUAAUCUACAACUAUAGAUGGCAGCCAGAAACAUAGAUAAGUAUUAAAUUUAAUUAGUUUAGUUUUUAAUUGAAACCAACUAAAAAGUUUUCAAUAGGGACUUAAAUAACAUGUAUUCUAUCAAUUUUAGAUAAUUUGUUUGCGAUUGGUUCAUAAAAUGACAGCUAAUUAAGAAUAUUUGAUACAACAUAAAAGAAGAUAGCAACAUAUUUAGGUCACACUUAGAACAUAGUAUAUCUAGAGAAGAUUUGUACGAGUGAAGCAAAUAGCAGAUAGUUUGUGUCUUUGGGUUAGGAUAAGCAAUUAAUUGUUUGGAAUAUCGACGAUAUAAUGAUUUCAACUCAACCCAGAGUGUUUAGGAAGAUCCAAUUAUCAUAAAUGCCAAAUAAUGCCUUAGAUUUGAAGGACAAUACUCACAUAGCAUUUAGUGAUUUAAAUAGAGAUAUAAAUAUUUGCAAUUUGUACACUCAGAAGAUAGGAACGAAUAAUACUAAACAUUUGAAUAAGAUAAAUGGGUUGACACUUUUAAAGAAAGGAGAGAAAUUUAUAUCCUAUUCUUCAGAUUCAAUUAUCAAUAUUUGGAGACUUAUGAAAUAUGGUUCUUCUUAAGAUCCUGUUUUAAUUUGUGAUUAGAAUUUGCAUGAUCCUCUUUAUGGGUCCAUUAGUCAGAUUUUCAUCACAACUUAAUGGCCAGGCCAUUGCAUAAUUGUUUCAAAUGAAGGCGCAGUUAAAUUAUUUGAUUUCAACAAGUAUUAAAAUUAAUAUGUAUUUAGAAACUGCAUUGUAUUUUCAAAAUUCGGUAAUAGAAAGAUAUAGAGCACUUUAAUGGAAAGUGUUUUGAUUGAAGUUUCUGAUUAGAAAAGUAUUAUCCUUUUACUUAAUUUAAGUUAAUCCCCCUGUUUGGCUGAUUACAUUUAGUUUCAAUGAUAAUAUAGCAACUUAACAUCAUUUGAGUAUGUCUCCUUAUGCUAUGCAUUCCUCAGACAUCAAAUUGGGACAUCAAUUAACAGUUGGACAAUAAAUUUAUGGUAAGCAUAAACUUUAAUUAUUUACUUAAUCUUCUCCUGCUUCAAGUGGAAGUGGCAAAAUUGGCUCAAAUAUACUUCUGUUUAGCAGUGAUACGUCAGAUGAACUAUUGAUGUAUGAGUUGAAAGGAAUUUGAAGAUUGUAAAAGUAUUCAUAAAUAGUAU